AUGUACACAGAGGCCCAUAGGACACUCCUCACCUAUAUUAGAUCUGUCAAGUCACUCAAAUUGCAGAACCUUCUUGAUGCAUUUGUCUUGAUCUGUCAGCGCUUGGAAGUAGAGGAUGAACACACAAUGGAGUCACUCAAUCAAUACAUUGCUGAUAUCAAUAUACAAAUAUCCCAACAAGGAUUCAAAAUUGAGCGGAAAAAUGACGAAGUUGAUGGGUCGUUGCAUUUUAUUUUCAUAAAUACCAUAGUUGAUGAAAUAAUGAAGGAAAGUUCGAUGUACACAACUUCAGAACUUGUGUCCAUAAAGGGGAUUAUCGAUGAUAUAAUUGAGGCAUCCAAUUUUGAAUUCUCCACAAGUAGGGCCACGGCACAGCAGAUUGUACAUGCGCACCAAGCUAAGGGAUUAAAAGAAGCUGCCGCGUUUGUUGACCGGUUGAUUGACGAUGGGUGGUUUGAUGCAACCUUGAACGAUCGGUUAAUACUAUCAGUGAAAAGCUUGUGUGAGUUGAAGCAAUACUUGAUUGAUGGAUAUGGAUCAGGUGAAAAUGAUGACGAGGAUGGAGGGGGGAAGCUACUCGUUUGUCGACAAUGUAAGGAAAUUGUUACCAUGGGUAUACUUACACCGGAGAAAGAUGCGUUUCAUCGAAAAUGCUAUGAAGUGUAUUGUAAAAAUAGUGGCUUACCUAAUAGAGAGUCAAGUUUAAUGAGAGUGGGUCCUGAUCUUUCUACUUUAUAA